UUACAGCUCUGCUCUUCGCCUAUAUCUUCAGCCUUAGCUUCAUCAUCACCUAUUCAUACUCAUCAAUGGCGUUUCCCUCUCUUUCUUCCUCCUUUCUCUUCAUAUUCUUCUGUCUUGUUUCAGUCCGCCUCUCUGUAUCAUCUGAGAAUCAGGAGACCUUUAUAGUCCACGUGUCAAAAUUCCAAAAGCCCCACGUUUUCACCACCCAUCGUGACUGGUAUGAUUCCAUCAUCACUUCCCUUUCUCCUCUCUCCCCUCACCCAUCCGAGAUCUUGUACACAUACGGCCGCGUCGCCCGCGGGUUUUCCGCUCGCCUGACGCGCUUCCAAGCGUCUGAGCUACGGAAAGUUCCCGGCGUGAUAUCUGUCCUCCCGGAUCACGUCCGCGGGCUCCUCACGACCCGCACGCCUCAGUUUUUGGGCUUAGCUGAAUCGUCUGGGCUCUGGCCCAACUCUGAUUAUGCGGAUGAUGUUAUAGUGGGGGUUUUGGACACCGGAAUCUGGCCGGAGAGGCCUAGCUUCUCCGACGAGGGGCUAUCUCCGGUUCCUGUUAGUUGGAAGGGGAAGUGCGAGAAUAGUACGGAUUUUCCGGAGAGUUUGUGUAAUCGGAAAAUCAUCGGCGCUCGUGUUUUCUACAAAGGCUAUGAAGCUGCUCGGGGAAGUCCGAUAGAUGAAUCGGUAGAAUCGAAAUCGCCGAGAGAUACGGAAGGCCAUGGGACGCAUACUGCGUCUACUGCGGCCGGGUCGAUUGUUGCGAGCGCGAGUUUGUUUGAAUAUGCGCGUGGUGAAGCUAGAGGCAUUGCGAUAAAAGCCAGAAUAGCUGUUUACAAGAUUUGCUGGAGCUCAGGUUGUUACGAUUCCGAUGUUCUCGCCGCCAUGGAUCAAGCUGUUGAAGACGGCGUUCACAUCAUUUCGCUUUCUGUAGGACCUUCAGUCUACUGUCCGGACUACGAUCAGGAUUCAUUUGCGAUCGGAGCUUUUGGAGCGACGAAGCACGGCGUUCUCGUUUCCUGUGCCGUUGGAAAUUCCGGAUCCGGCGCAAAUACCGCCGUGAAUGUCGCGCCUUGGUUUCUCACGGUUGGUGCUUCCACUAUUGAUCGGCAAUUCCCGGCUGACGUGGUAUUAGGGGACGGCAGGAUCUUCACUGGCGUCUCGUUAUACUCCGGCGAACCGCUCGGCGAAAACAAACUGCCGGUGGUCUACGGCGGCGAUGCCGGCAGCAGGUACUGUUAUUCGGGAGAAUUAAACGCUUCGAAAGUCACCGGAAAUAUUGUGUUCUGUGAUCGAGGAGGCAUUGCCAAAGUUGAGAAAGCAGUUGCCGUAAGAGAAGCCGGCGGCGUCGGAAUGAUCCUCGCUAACCUAGCUAGCUCCGGUGAAGAGCUCGUCGCCGAUCCAUAUCUGAUUCCCACGUCAAAUGUCGGAGAUAAGGACGGAGACGAAAUCCGGAAUUACAUAAACUCGGAUCCGUCCCCAACUGCCACGAUUGUAUUCCGGGGAACAGUAAUCGGAACCUCGCCGUCGGCGCCGCGGGUGGCGGCUUUCUCAAGCCGCGGCCCCAAUUACGUGACUCCUGAAAUUCUCAAGCCGGAUGUGAUCGCUCCCGGCGUUAACAUUCUAGCCGGCUGGACCGGCGCCAUUGGCCCAUCCGGCUUGAACAUUGAUAAAAGAACGGUAGAAUUCAACAUUAUCUCCGGCACGUCAAUGGCUUGUCCUCACGUGAGCGGCUUGGCUGCCUUGCUUCGAAAAGCCUAUCCAAAAUGGAGCCCCGCCGCUAUCAAAUCCGCGCUCAUGACAACGGCUUACAAUUUGGACAAUUCCGGAAGCAAUUUUACGGAUCUUGCAACGGGCAAACAAUCCACCCCGUUUGCCCAUGGAUCCGGGCACGUGGAUCCAAACAGAGCACUAGAUCCGGGUUUGGUAUACGAUUUGGAAGUGAGUGAUUACGUGGAUUUUUUAUGUACCAUUGGUUACGAUACUCGGAGAAUCGCAGCCUUCGUGAACGACUCAUCUUCAGUGAAUUGUAGCUCAAGGAAUUUGGGCACACCCGGGUCUCUAAACUACCCAUCGUUUUCAGUUGUUUUUACCAGCAAAAGUAGCGUUAUAAAAUACAAAAGAGUUGUUAAAAAUGUAGGGAGUGAAAAAAAUGUUGUUUAUAAGGUUAAAGCGGACGCUCCCUUAGGUGUGCAGGUAAGUGUCUCACCAACCACGCUGAAAUUUAGUGAGGAAAAUGAUUUGUUAUCUUAUGAGGUAACUUUUACUAGUACUAAAUUAGGAAGUUUUAGGGAGUCAUUCGGAUCAUUAGCUUGGGAGGAUGGAGUGCACAUUGUUAGAAGCCCAAUAGCUGUGACUUGGAGAAUGUAUUCUCAACAAGUAGCUUGAAUGUAAGUAAAAUGGGCCUAGUCUAAAUGAGUCCAUGUAAUAAAGCAGCUUGAAUGCAAGUAAAAUGGGCCUAGUCUAAACGAGUCCAUGUAAUAAAAUAAGUCCACAACUUCAUAUACAAAUUAUUAUGGUGGACAAAUAUAUGUAUAAUAUUAGAAUAAUUAUUAUUACUAAAUCAUUUAGCAUAAA